AUGGGGGGCACCAUCCUCUUUACCGGGGCAAAUAGCUCCCUUGCUAUUCCUGCUGUCCGGCACCUUCUUACCAACUACUCUGAUUACACGGCACUCCUGACCGUUCGGAACCCCUCAGAGGCGGAUGUCAAUACAAAGAAAUUACGAGAUACAAUUUCCCUGUUUCCGAAUGCCAAAACCUCCAUCCGCCAGCUCGACCUCUCCGAUCUAUCUGCUGUGCACGACUUUUCGAGCACCGUUGCUGCAGAGAUCGUCGAUGGCAAGCUUCCACCUCUCGCCAGCAUUGUCUGCAACGCCUAUUACUGGAAUCUGUCUGGCAAUGCGGAGCUUACCAAAGAUGGCUACGAUAAGACUUUUCAAGUAAAUCAUCUCGCCCACGCGGCACUAGUUCUCCGCCUCCUCGGCCAAUUUGGAUCCGAAGGCGGGCGGAUCGUACUCCUAGGUAGUGAUGCACACUGGCCUGGUAAAGGCAGUCUCGAGAAGUAUCCACCUGCCAUUCCCAUAGACUUGGAACUGCUUGUGAAGCCAGUCCAAGACAAGCCCACUGAUAACCUCGGGCGGGGCUUUGAGAAGUAUUCAAAUUCGAAACUGGCGGUGAUCAUGUGGAUGUACGCACUGAACCGGCAUUUGGAAAACGACACGACGCUGAGUAAAAUUACUGCCGUCGCCAUCAAUCCAGGCAACCUGAGUGAUUCGCGCGCGCUGCGAACCAACACCCCCCAAAUGCUUGCCUACAUGUCGAAAUUCAUCAUCAGUCCUCUGCGGCCUCUUUUGCGCCUCAAGGAUCCUACAAUGCGCACCGCGGCCGAGGCUGGUAUAGAUGUUGUUGAUCUUGCAAUGAAUAAGGCGUCCCCGGGAGAACGGGGCUACUUCACCCUUCUCAAGAAGGAUUCUAGUUCCCCGGACAGUAACGAUGAGGAGAAGCAAAAGGAAUUGUGGAUAAAGAGCGCGGAGUGGGUUAAGGUAACAAAUGAUGAUACAGCCCUCAAGGUAGCUCUUGAGUGA